AUUAAAAAAAAUUUCGAUUUCUUUUACAAAUAGAAAUAUAAUAAGAAAUUAGAUUUAGUUUGCUGAGGUAAACAAUGAAUAGAAAAAAACGGGGUUACAUAUUUAGUACUCCAUAAACCACGAACUUGUUUAACGGUCAUCACCAAAGAUUUCUCCCUACAAAUAGCACCCCCAUCCAACAAACUCCCAUAACAUAAUAAUAUAUAUAAUCCUCAAAAUCUCCAACAAUAAUCUUAUUUUCACUUGUGCAAAAAAUGGAGUCAUCACCAUUUUCCUAUCCCCACCGGCUUCCGAUCAUCGCGGUGGCGAUAAUCGGGGUCGCCAUCUCCCAGGCAUCCCCGUUCCUGGCGGACGCGGAUGCCAAGGCCUUCGUUGACUUGCACAACAAGGCCCGCGCGGAGGUGGGUGUCGCGCCGGUGAAAUGGAACGCGACCAUAGCGGCGUACGCGAAGGCGUACGCCUUCAAGAGGUCGGCCGACUGCGCGCUGGAGCACUCGGACGGGCCCUACGGGGAGUGCAUAUCCCAAGGGGGAGGGGAGAUGUCGGUGGCGGACGCCGUGAGGGAGUGGACGGACGAGAAGAGGUUUUACAACUACGAGAAGAACGAGUGCGAGGGCGAACGAGUGCGAGGGCGAGGAGUGCAGGCACUACACGAGCGUGGUUUGCCACCUCACGACCGAUAUCGGGUGCGCUCGGAUUAAGUGCCGCAAUGGGGCCAGGUGGUUCGCCACCUGCAACUAUUGGCCGUCGUACGACGGCCAACGUCCUUAUUGAGAUCCAUUAAUUGGAUCUCACUGGAUGUGUGGGUAUUAUUGAGUUACAUUAGACAAUGUAAAUUGGGAAAUUUGCAAUUUUGGGCGUUGUUAUUGUUGCUUUUUUCUUUUCUGAAACAGUUUGUGUUCUUCUUAAUAGAGGAGAAUGGCAUGUCAAAUAAAGAUUCAUUCCUAAAUCAAUAUCGUGUCUUAUG